AUGGAAUCAAACCAUCAUGACAGAAGCACGGAGCCUGCCCCUAUGGACAUAGGAACAGAAUCAAAGAGGAUGCAUCCAGAAGAGGGGGGAGAGAAACAAAAAGUAGUAACACAAAAGGAGACUGCUGGAAGGGGAACCCCUACAGCUAGAGUCGGGCAGAGUAGUGCCUCUCUGACAAUGGGUGCGGUCAAGAAAUUCUCUGAGAAAGAGAGGCAAGAGAAAGGGCAGAGAAGACCAAGUGUGGAAGCGCCAGGAACAGGUGUGAGCUCGGGAGACAAAUCCAGUGCAGCUCACCCCUCAAAAGUGCACAAUGGAGCUACCAGGGGGGCUAGGAGAUACAAGAGACAGAUAAUACACACCAAAAGAAAGCCAUAA